GCGAAGUAAAAUAAUCUGUAUUAUCAGUGAAGCCUUAUAGUGGAGGCCUCAUAAGUGGAUUUUCACUAUAAGCAGAGUAUGGUUCAGAAAAUAUUAUUCAAAUGGCCAAAGUUCAUUGUCCAUUAUCUCUAAGUCACUUUGAGUAAAUUAAUGUUCAAAACUAGUGCACAAAGUUUACAAUCCAAGAAAACAUUUCCUCUAUGCCUGUUUCCCCCCAGAAGAUAAGAUCUAUGGUAGCCAAUCUCUGUGCUUGGUAAAAGACUUCGAUAUAAGCGGUGAGAUAAGUGCAGUCUUGUUAAAUGAACACCAAGCUAGGAACAGGAACUCCAGGGUUCUUUCUGUGGACACUCACUUGCUGUGUGACCUUGGUCAGAAGGUCACUUACGCUUUCUGUGUCCUUGUUUUCCAGUAUAUAAAAUGGACAAUGAUAUUUCUGUACCUCUGCAGAAUGCUGUGCAGUCGUGUCAGGGGAUAAUGUUAAAGUCCUUUGAGCAUAUUAGCUUUAUAUAGUGCUAAGGAUACUUUGCACGGUGAGUCCAGGGAAUCAAACUUCUUAUACUUGUACCGUUAAUGAAUUAAGACUGUUUUUAACUGAGGGAAUGGGACGAAAAAAGAGUGUGAAGGGAAUAGGAGACUGAGAACAAAAUGUCCAAACGUGGGUGGCUAUGUGUACCAAUUCCCACCCGCUGCGUGUGAUGGGGGUUGUGGGUGCCCAACACCUUGGAAAGCCAACAUUGGACCACUUCUCAGUGCUCCUUCAGUCAAGGUUUGAGGCAGGGGCGUAAGUUCUCAGCUUGAAGGGCUCCCUGGCCAUUAGCCCAUUAGCAGAGCAGGGAUCACACACUGGGCUGCCUGGUGCCCUCAGGAGAGUGGCCUGAGGAGCACAGCUUGCGCCAGUCACCAUGUUGAAUGUGCCCUGGUGCCCGUUGCCUCUGCUGCUCUGCCUGGCAGUGUCCCCCUGAGGAGCAGGGAGCCAAGCCGCAGGGCACCGCUCUCAUCCCCUGCCAGCCGGGUUCCCCUUCUCACUGGAUGUCUAUUGUGCCCAUGGGAGCCUCCAGCACGGCUGGGAUGAGCCUGUGCAGCAGCAGCCACAGCUGCCACCUCCAGGCUCUUGGGUGCCCGCCACCUCCAUGUCUCGUGCCUAGCACUGGCAAUGCUGCCCCACAACUGCAUCCUCUUCCUCAAUCUUCAGCAGAGCCAACUCCAGUCCUCUUACUGGGGGGUGGGGGAGAGGAGCAGCAGCAGCAAAUUCUGCAUGAAAAAAUUAAAAAAAAAUUCUGUGGGGAACAUUAAUUCUGUGCAAAUUCUGCAUUGUGCAGUGGUGUAGAAUUCCAGUGGGAGUAAGGGGUGGAGAAAGGGGGAGGAAUAAGAGCAAGUGGGAGAAAGGAGGAAAGUGAAAAGGCCAGUGUAGAGUUUGAGCAGCUGUUGCCAGAGGUGAGGGAAAAGAGCGCAAGAGGAAGAGUUGGAAUGUGGUGUUAGACUGGGGGAGGGAAGGUGUGACUCUGUUACUAUGAAAGGAGAGUGAAGGUUGUAGAGUUGGAGCAAGAGAGGAGACCGGGAGAAGAGGGGGAGAUCUGGAGAGUUAGGAUAAAUAGGUGAAGAGUGAUAAGAUGAGAAAAGUAAGUAUUGAGAAAGAUGGCCAAAGCUGUUGAAGAAGGCAAUCGAUGUGGCUAUUUAGUGGACAGCAGUUAAUAAUCAUUUAUAUAUUUUAAUGAAUGUAACAUUAUGUGCUUUAUAUGUAUAAAUUUUUCAGAAUGGCAAAGGAAUGUUUUGGAAUUACUAAAGAAAAAUAUUUUAUUUAGGGUUGUUCACAGAAAGUUAUCCUGAGUAGGUUUGAUGCAAGUUUUAGGCUAAGUUCUGUUACCUUUAUUGGAUCACUAGUAGUCCUUAUACAGGAAAGUUGUUCCAUGUCUGCAGGCUUGGGGUCAUUAACCUUCCAGUUUAAAUAAGUUUUGUAAAUAAACUUGAAAGAAAAAAGAAAGCUGUUGCUUACCAAUGAAAGCCCUAACCAUCAUGUAUUCAGCUGGUUUAUUUGUGUGUGUUCAUAAAUGUCAUUGUUUUUCUACUUUAAGGGUACUUUUGCUGUGCUCUGCUGCCUUGAAAUAUUGUUUAAAAGCAUCAAGACAAACAUACAAUGAAAGAUAUGAAAUAAAAAUAUGCAUAAGGACAAGAGUCAGAACAUUAAAAGUUAUAAGCUGGUCUUGAUUGCCAUAUUUUAAUGGAAGUUGCAUUGUAUCAUUGCAUAUGGAAUAUAAUAUUUAAGCAACAUGUGAGGGAGAAGUGUUUUUCUCUCUUGUACUUUUACAUUUCUUAUUUUAUAUUAAAAUAGUAACCCAGAACUAGGAAAAAAAGUGCUGCAUGCAAUGUAGAAAAUAAAGAACUAUUAAAUGUUCAUCCUAAUAAUUUGCAUUAGUUUUUCUCACGUGCUCUCUUCACAGUAGAUUUCCUAUAACUUUUAUUUGUCUCAUGUAUGUGUUCACACCCCAUGAUUAAGACACCAUCACUCAGUAAGCACUAGUACACUGAAAGUAGUGUACAUCAGCUCAAUUAUCGAGCUACACAAGCAACCGUUCUGUUACCUCUUAGGACAUAAGUGUUAUUCAGUCUCAUUUUUUUACAACUGCAGGGGUCUACUGAAAUAGUUUCCUUUUUUUGUCCCUAUAAAUUAUACUUUUUUAAAAACACAAUUUCACUGAUCUGAGAUAGUCUCUGUUUGUUAUUAGACCUUACAAAUCUAGCCGAGUGUGCAAUAUCAAAUAAGUGGCAAGAUUGAAACCCUAAUUAUAUUUAUAACUUUCUUAUAGCUCCAUACUAAUUCUUUAAUAGAAAAAAAAACUGUUUUAAUCUUUCUUUAACUGUAGGUAUGAUCUGUAGUUCUGAAAAUUGUUCUUUGUAUGAGAAGAAGAGUGACAGAUCGGUCCUUAUACCAGUCCAAUAACAGAGAAAGUAAUGGGCCCCAUCAUGACCGCUGCUGUGUCUACAAUGAAAGCAACUUGGUAGAUGGAGUUUACUGCCUGCCGAUAGGACACUGGAUCGAAGUCUCUGGACACACUGAUGAGAUGAAGCACACAACUGACUUCUAUUUCAGUAUUGCAGGCCAUCAAGCCAUUCACUAUUCCAGGAUUCUGCCAAACAUCUGGCUGGGAAGUUGCCCUCGGCAAGUGGAGCAUGUAACCAUCAAGCUAAAACACGAACUGGGUAUUACAGCUGUAAUGAACUUCCAGACUGAGUGGGAUGUUGUUCAGAAUUCCUGUGGCUGCAACCGCUAUCCAGAACCCAUGAGCCCAGAGGUCCUUAUGAAACUAUAUAAAGAGGAAGGUCUUGCUUAUGUCUGGAUGCCAACCCCAGACAUGAGCACUGAAGGAAGAAUACAGAUGUUGCCUCAGGCUGUCUGUCUCCUGCACGGGCUGCUAGAGAAUGGACACAUCGUCUACGUACAUUGCAAUGCUGGUGUUGGCAGGUCUACAGCCGCAGUCUGUGGUUGGUUAAAGUAUGUGAUGGGAUGGAACCUAAGGAAAGUGCAGUACUUCGUGGCCUCCAGGAGACCUGCUGUCUACAUAGAUGAGGAAGCUCUGGCUCGUGCUGAAGAUGAUUUCUAUCAGAAAUUUGGCCCUCUUCGCUACUCAUGCAAACCUUAGUGGUAGGAAAGCUGAUUGGAGGAGGGGAGAGCUUCCUUGCAGUGUUGCCAACCCCAAGCAUUCAAAAUUCAUCGUCAGACCACCCAAAUUCAUAUGUGUGAGUGAGAGAGUGUGUGAAAAAUCAUGAGAUUUAAAAACAAUAAUUAGUUUAGUCUCUUUUUAUUUGCCUUCUGUUUUUUAGCCUUUGGGGUCCUUGUUUUCAAACUUUUCUCUGCAACCAGGUGGGUUAGGAACUUACUUUGCAAAAGAAAAGCUGAGAUUCUCAUGUACUCAUGUGACUCCAGGAGCUGGGACAAAUAUCACAAGAUACAACCAUGUGAGAUGGCAAGACUGUGGUAGGAAGAAGGUGGAGCAAUGCGGAAGGGUUACGUAAAGAAAUAAAAGUCAACGGUGUAGGGGUUUUGUUUUUUUCUGGCUUGGGUAGUCAGGGUUGUUUGGCCAUUUCAGGUAGAGCCUACUGUUUUGCUGUGUUUAUAAAGAUGUUUCUAAUGAAAUGGUCUGACUGAGAAAAAGAAGAAGGAAAUUGAUUUAUGCAGUUGUGUUUCUGUAACAAAUAGCAAGCUAAAUUCAGUUCAUUAGGCAAGAGUUGCCCUUUCUCUCUUGUUUAGGUUUAUAGUUAAUGUGAUUUAGUAAAAUGUACUGCUGUACUUUGUUAUGGUGCUGAGGGUAUUGUAGAUGCUGUGCAGAAAGGUGGGGAAAAGUUCCACUUAUGCAUAUUUAAUCUACUGCAAGGCAGAACUCCAGGUUUAUUAGAUUAUCCUAGAUUGUAAGAUUUCUGGGGCAGGGACUGUUUUUGUUUUCCUCGUCUGUACAGUGCCUAACACAGAGCCACAAUCCUUGAUUAGGGCCUCUUGGUGCUACCACAAGAUACAUAACAAUAAAGAAAAUGGAGUUAAAGCAGAAGAUAUGGGAGGUGGCCUGGUGAGCCUAUAUGCAGGCUGUGCUGCCCAAUUUAGAGUCCAAGGUGCAGUGUCCAUCUCAUUCCCCUACUUGGUGUUGCCUGGAAGUUCUGCAAUAGCAGCUGUCUCUUGCUCCUGUGGAAGACAGGUGCUUCCACUGCUGCUCAGACGUCGCUGUCCCGUUAGCUAAACUAGGAAGGGCAUCACUAGCCUCCAGAGUCCAAACAAGCCCCACUCAGCCAAAAAUAGGUGCUGCAACUCAUGACCUCGAGGGGAGGAAGUGGAGAAAUUCCUCCACUAAGGGUCUGAUUGGGUGGGAGAGUUGCUUGUUAAGGAUACAAAAAUUAAAAAGCUAAUUUCUCGAGGCAGGUGGCUGAACUAAAUCCCUUUUCCAGUUAUUUUUAGAAAAAUGAUUUGUCUAUAUAGAGAUUUAUUCCAUGAUAAAGAGCUGUUAAGAGAUAUAUGAUCUUAAUUAUAAGAAAAUCCUACUACUGGAGACUUGUUAGCAAUCUCCCUGUUACAAUGUGCUGGGCACUGUUCAUGGAGAAUGUCCAUCAUAAUAUAUUUUGCUUUAUCUUUGACCCCUUAGAUGCCCUCUGAUGUGAAGAAGCCACUGGAAGUUAUUUUAAAUGUAUGUAUUUGAUCAUCACUUUAUUUCUGAUUUCUGUUUUGAAAUAAUGUAUGUCACCAGUUAGAAACUGGAUGAAACUAUAGCUCAAUGUUAAAUAAAAGCCUUAUGACACUUC